AUCUUCCGGUACUCAAAGCUCUGCAGCAGUAUACUCUGGUACAACAAUAUCUGACUAUUACUCCGGUUCAUAGAAAUCAACGCGAACGUGUUUAGCUCUUGAACUUUGCUCCUGUGUGUUUCUCCAGAGGCUGGGUAUCAUCAUGUCUGAAGGCUCGGUUCUGGUGGAGAUCUGCGGAGAUCAGCCGCUGUUCUACCGACAGGCGCUUCCGUCGAGCGGUGCCAGACUCUGCGUGUUGCUGCUGCACGGGAUCCGGUUCUCGUCGGAAAGCUGGCUGAGGAUCGGGACUCUGGAGAGUUUAGCUGCCGCGGGUUACCGAGCUGUUGCCGUUGCUCCCUCAGGUUUGGGUCAGUCUAAGGCGGCUCCGGCCCCGGCUCCAGUGGGUCAGCUGGCUCCAGGUGUGUUCCUCAGACAGGUGUGUGAGGCUCUGCAGACUGGCCCCGUGGUGAUCAUCAGCCCGUCUCUCAGCGGCAUGUACUCGCUGCCGUUCCUCUUCCAGCACUCCGAGCAGGUCAAGGCCUACAUCCCUGUAGCUCCCAUCUGCACAGAGAAGUUCACAGCAGAGCAGUACAGCAGCGUGCAGACUCCAGCUCUUAUAGUUUAUGGAGACCAGGACACUCAGCUCGGGGAAGCGUCGCUAAGCAAUCUGAAGAAUCUGCCCAAUCACAAAGUGGUGGUAAUGAAGGGGGCGGGGCAUCCUUGUUAUCUUGAUGAUCCAGAGACCUGGCAUAAGGCAGUCCUGGACUUCCUACAGCUGUUGUGAUUGUGUUAAAAACCCUAAUAGUGUAAAAGUGUACUAAUCUAAACAUUAAUGACAUAAGUGAUCAAUAUGAAGUACGUUUAAUUUCAUACUUAUCUGAUCAUGUCAAAAACAGUAGCUUUUUUCUAUGCAACUCUGCAUUAAUUGGCUUUUUGUGCUAUUGUUUGCAAUGCUUUUCAUUUUCAAGACCCAAAGUUUACAUGAAAUGCUGUUUGCAACCCAAUUUAUCUACAUCUGAGUGAAAGAGGAUAGUCAAUGAGAAAAUCACAUGAUGGGACUUGAUUUUAUCCACUGGGAACUGAUUAGACUGUGAAAAAUUGGUGUUUCUUACCAAUAGAGCCAUUUUUUCAAAUUGUGUGCAAGGAAUAAUUGUUCAAAAUCAGUAACACAAAUCAUGUAUAAAAGUGAGUAAAUCUUGAAUUUUCUUUCUUAAUUCAGAAAUGGAUGCAAUAUUCUCACGUUUUUUUUAUAUGCUGCCUGACAAUAUAGUGUAUUUUUUCUCAACUUUUUUAUUAUUUAGCUUUAUCAUAGUAAUUUUUUGCUUUCAAAAGAGAUAAAUAGAAAUGAAUCAUUGAAUAUACUUUAAGAAGGUUUUUAUAAUAUAAUACAUUAUUAUGAUGCUACAUGUGUGAAAAUAGGGACCAAUGACUUCGAAUCACAUUUACGUGUUUAUGCAUCUCUAAUGAGCCUC